ACUGUCCUUUCCUCAUUGUCAACGGCAACGGCUAUGCCGUUUUCCGAUCGAUUUUUUAACAUUUCCGUAUUAAAAUAUGCUGUUUUACAACGUUUUACACCCGUUAAAAUCAAAUAACUUCAAUCAUAAUUGGAAAUUCGUACGAUCAAUGCCAGUUAAUUCAUUUAAACAGUUAUUCUCUAUUAAUUUUACUUUCUCAUAACGAAAGCCACGUGUUCUUCGGUUUCUGACAUUUUGAACUCUCACAGGGGAAGGCAUGCUGAUACAGAAUGACGGAGUUUGUAGACGGUUGGAUUUACGGUCACACUUUGGGCGAAGGUGCCUACGGAGAGGUGAAACUCGUCAUAAACAAAUCUACGGGCGAAGCGGUAGCUAUGAAAAUGGUAGAUUUGGAGAAACAUCCUGAUGCUCGUCAAAGUGUUCGUAAGGAAACUACGAUACACAGAAUGCUGUCGAACCCUCACAUUAUACAGUAUUACGGACAACGCAGCGAAUCCACUAUGGAAUAUAUUUUUCUGGAGUAUGCUUCAGGCGGGGAACUUUUUGAUCGAAUAGAACCGGAUAUUGGAAUGCCAUGCUGGGAAGCUCAGAGAUACUUCAAGCAGUUGUUGUCUGCAGUAGAAUACCUUCACAGUCGUGGAAUAGCGCACAGGGAUUUGAAGCCAGAGAACUUGUUACUAGAUGAUAAGGACAAUUUGAAAGUGACGGAUUUUGGGCUUGCUACGGUUUAUCGAUUGCAGGGGAGGGAACGUUGUCUCGAAAAGAGAUGUGGUACAUUGCCUUAUGUUGCACCAGAGGUUUUAGUAAGACCUUACCAUGCAGAGCCUGCCGACGUGUGGUCUUGUGGGAUAAUAUUCGUGGCUCUUCUUGCCGGAGAACUGCCUUGGGAUCAAUCCAUGGCAGACUGUCCGGCGUAUGUUGCUUGGCGCGAAGGAAAAUACAUGUCUUUAACACCCUGGAAGAAAUUGGACAAUACGGCGCUGGGAUUGAUACGUAAAAUACUCGUUCACACACCAUCUGCAAGAUUCACCAUAAAGGAUAUCAAACAGCAUCGUUGGUAUCUUAAAAAUUUCCGUCGAGAUUGCAACGAAGGAAAAGAUCACGUGGAUGGUUCAAUUGCGAAAUACAUGCGUUUCGACGACGAGGAAAAUUUGACGAGAUUGUGCCUUUCUCAGCCAGAAUUACCAGGCAUGGAAAAUAUCAGUACGGUUCAAAUGAACCUCGAAGAAAGGCCUGGAUUCUCCUUCUCCCAGCCAGCCCACGUUGAAGAUCUGCUUCUGUGCACGCAACUUCAAGCAAUUCAAAACACACAGACCAGUCAGAAUACAUUCCAGAGGCUCGUUCGUCGUAUGACGAGAUUCUUCGUCAAAACUGACUGUGAGACAACCGUUAAAACUCUGGUGAAUUACUUAGAGAACGAGAAUUAUAAUUAUCGAAUAAACGACGUUGGAAUCAUCACAGUAUCGACAGUGGAUAGGAGAAAAAUGCCUCUAGUAUUUAAGGCGAUAAUCGUGGACAUGGACGGAAAAAUAUUGGUUGAUUUUCGAUUAUCGAAAGGAGACGGUCUUGAGUUUAAACGACGUUUCGUCAUUAUUAAAAGUUCGUUGAGCGAGGUAGUAAUUAAAGGACCAGUGACGUGGCCGAUAGCUGUUGCUACGAAAAGUAUGCCAUGACCGUGUAUUACCUUUGUAAUAUACUUGAAUGUAUCGUUUGAAAUCGUGUUUACCAAAUAAAAUGUAUUUUUUUUCUAUAUUUUUCAAAUAA